GCUGCUUCUAGGGAACUGCUAGAUCGGGAUCCCAGCGUAAAGGGGGACCGGGGCUAGAGAGCUGAGCCCUCGGUGGGUGGUCGCUCUCUCUUUCUCUCUCACUCCCGGUACUCCACUGCCUCCGCAGAGGCGCUGAGGGCGUCGUGCAGGCCAGCAGCAGCUACCCAGUUCCCGGCAGACUGAGAAAUGAGAAAAAUACCAAACCAUGGGACUCUGCGGAUGACGAAGGUGGCAUACCCCCUCGGGCUGUGUGUGGGGCUGUUCAUCUAUGUUGCCUAUAUCAAGUGGCACCGGGCCACUGCUGCCCAGGCCUUCUUCACCAUUGCUGGGGCUGCCUCAGGAGCACGGUGGACCCAGCAGGCCUUCAGCUCCCCAGGCUCAGCUACGCGCAGUCAUGAGGUCUUCUAUGGGAUCAUGUUUGACGCUGGGAGCACCGGCACGCGCAUCCAUGUCUUCCAGUUUGCCCGACCACCUGGAGAAACUCCCACCUUGACCCAUGAAACCUUCAAAGCACUGAAGCCUGGACUUUCUGCUUAUGCUGAUGAUGUUGAAAAGAGUGCUCAGGGGAUCCAGGAGCUUCUGAAUGUUGCUAAGCAACACAUUCCAUAUGACUUCUGGAAGGCCACCCCUCUGGUCCUCAAGGCCACAGCUGGUUUGCGCCUGCUGCCGGGAGAAAAGGCUCAGAAGUUGCUGCAGAAGGUGAAGGAGGUAUUCAAGGCAUCACCCUUCCUUGUAGGGGACGACUGUGUUUCCAUCAUGAAUGGCACAGAUGAAGGUGUUUCAGCAUGGAUCACCGUCAACUUCCUGACAGGCAGUCUGAAAACCCCAGGAAGCAGCAGUGUGGGCAUGCUGGAUUUGGGCGGAGGAUCCACUCAGAUCACCUUCCUCCCGCGUGUCGAGGGUACCCUGCAAGCCUCCCCGCCAGGCCACCUGACAGCACUGCAGAUGUUCAACAGGACGUACAAGCUGUACUCCUACAGCUACCUGGGGCUGGGACUGAUGUCGGCACGACUGGCUAUUCUGGGUGGUGUGGAGGGGAAGCCUGCUGAGAAUGACAAGGAACUGGUCAGCCCCUGUCUGUCUCCCCGAUUCAGAGGAGAGUGGGAACAUGCCGAGACCACCUAUAGGAUUUCAGGACAGGAGGCAGUGGACCUCUUUGAGCUGUGUGCCAGCAGGGUGUCAGAAAUCCUCAGAAAUAAAGUGCACAGGACAGAAGAGGCGCAGCAUGUGGACUUCUAUGCUUUCUCCUACUACUAUGACCUUGCGGCGAGCUUUGGCCUUAUAGAUGCAGAGAAAGGAGGCAGCCUUGUAGUCGGAGACUUUGAGACGGCAGCCAAGUAUGUGUGCCGCACCCUGGAGACACAGCCACCAAGCAGCCCCUUUGCCUGCAUGGACCUCACCUACAUCAGCCUGCUGCUCCGGGAGUUUGGUUUUCCCAAGGACAAGGUACUGAAGCUGGCUCGGAAAAUUGACAACGUUGAAACCAGCUGGGCUCUGGGGGCUAUUUUUCAUUACAUCGACUCCCUGAAGAGAGAAAAGAUUCCUGCCUUGUAGCAGCCAAGCCCUAGUCCCCACCCUAGCUGGAAUUCCAAGGCUCCCAACUCCUCUGUCCUGGAAGUGACGCCAUAGAGGAGCCUGCACCUGGCUAGGACCCUCCUCUGUGCCUGCGGUGUCACCUCCUGCAGAUUUGUCUGGGACCUGGCCCAUCCGCUAGCCCUGCUACACCACACUAGCUGGGGCAGGGCCAGGAUAGGAAUGCUGCCUGGCCUGAGGCCAUCUCCCCCCUUGCCUCCAAGUGGGCAGGGAGCCAGGUGGGACCCAGGACACAGGCUGAGAUAGAGAUGCAGCCCUGUUCUGUUCUUAUCCCGGCGAUUGUGGCUGCUUUUAUGUAUAUCUGUAACACGGGUCUUGUUUUGUCUCCAGCCCCUGUUCCCCCAUGAGCAAAGCCUUUUUCUGUCCUCCCUGAGUUGAGGGAGAUGGAGUAGACUGGCCCAGACACAGGGCAAUCUCCCGGGGACUGCAUCUAGAGUGCGUCCAUCCCUUCCUCAGGAUAGACGUGACAUUACCUGGAGGUCUGCUAUUCCAUCUCUGGAUGGUAUGGCAUUAACUGAUGUGGGGACACUGAGUAGGAAGAAGUGGGACGAUGCCUCUUCAUAGACCCGGUGUUCCAGCUUUGUAGAGCAUGGGGUUAGGAGCGGAACUAUGAGAUGUUCAGGGUCGUGUGCUCAGGCACUACCCUGUGAGCUGUGAGUGCUUUAUGUUAAAACUGAGCCCCCUUUCUGGACACAACUGUGUCCCAGUGAAUGUAUGACUGCUGUGAGCCACUUGCAGACCAGUGGGGCCGAUCAGAACCAUCCUGCCCCUUCCCCCACCCUUCUUACUGGGCUGCAGCUGGCUCCCUGUAGUCCCAUCAGUGAAUGUACAGUCUAUAGAGUGAGCUGAGCCACUGCUGUUCUACUCUGAAUAAAGGUUUACAAGGGUUUCUCUCCUUUGCCUCCUGAGUGAGCACCCAGCAUUUAAAGCUUGCCCAACUGGGACAGCAAAUGGUAGCAGUAACCAGCAACAGCAGCAGCAGGCCACCCAGGUGCCUAGACGAUUUCAGGGGCUCCCUGUUCCAGCUGUCUGCUGAGCUCCUCCCUCUCCUGGAACAUGGCUGACAGACUGGCUAGGGACAGCUCUGGGUACAUCACCGCUAGGUCAUUGUUCAACAUUGAUCAAGUUUGAUUCUGGCAUAGUCCUAAAGGGGUCACAUGAUGGGGAAAGGAUGUGGGCUCACUGAUAACCCAAAUGCUCGCAACCCCCCGAGCCUAUGGUUCACAAGGCUGGCCCUGAGAAAUGCCUCCUACCCCCAACCCUUACACCAAGGGUGCCUCUUGGACUAGCCAGUGCACAGGAACGGAAUUCUGCAGGCUAAGGGGGCAGUGAGCACUCCAACAAGCCAGCUCUCAGUUCUCUGCCACCUUUUCCGUACUGCUCAGGUCACUCCAAGAAGGUCUUGCCUCUUGAUGGUCACAUGACCCUGAAGAAACUGGGUCCUUGUACAGUGGAGCCUGCGUUGCACGACUGUAGCUGCCUUCUUGGGUGGCUUCUCACUACAGAAGCAGUAACUUCACAGGUGAAAGGUUAGAGGGAGCCUGGGUAAGACCUGACAUUCCCUGGGGGAAAGGGUGGUCCAUGGGACCCAAAUUCCAAGGUAGGGAGACCCUAGAACCAGACCAAAGGAAGCCUAGUGGUCUCCCUAAAAUAAAACCUUGAAUUGGUUUGUGUCCAAAUAAAAAGAUAAAGCAGACUGGCAGUGAUGAUAUAUGCCUUUAAUCCAAGAGGCAGGAGGAUGUCUGUGAGUUCAAGGCCAGCCUAGUCUAUAGAGCAAGUUCCAGG